AUGGAGUACGCUGGGCUAGGAAAUAAUAGUUUUGUCGUGACAAACGCAAGCUGCACAAAGCAAAGUAAUUGCACAAGUUAUGAAGUCAUUGUGGACAUAUUCAAUCAAACUGUUGCAGCCACGGAUACGUACGGCUCUGGCUCAAUCAUUGUCAACUGUAGCGACACGUCUGCCAACACCAGUAAUUGUACAAGUGGACCAGCACUACCAGACAUUGGCGUACACAGUCCUGGUUUAAAUCGACCCAUCAUAGUAUUGGUGUGUAUAGGUAUAGUUUUGAGUGCCAUAAUCUUCACUACCACGCUGGGGAAUAUUUUAGUUAUAUUGUCACCGUGUGUUAAUCGCCGUCUGCGCUCAGUUACCAACACAUUCCUUGUGUCACUUGCACUUGCUGACACGCUGUUAGGCAUACUAGUCCUGCCAUUUAGUUUGUACUUAGAAAUACACAGAGCAUGGCACAUGGGACCUGUUUUCUGCAACAUUUACAUAUCAUUAGAUGUUCUCUUGUGUACAGCCUCUAUCCUCAAUCUAUUCGCUAUAUGUGUGGACCGUUAUUUUGUCAUCACCCGACCUUACCAGUAUCCGAUGAUGAUGAACAUACGGAGGGCCAUGGUUGUAGUGAUAAUUAUAUGGGGAGUGUCUUUGCUAAUAUCAUUUCUGCCUCUAGAAAUGGGAUGGAACACAGAUGACGGAAAAGUUCAAAACUACGACGAUCCUCGACAGUGUAGCCUGGCAGCGAAUGCCACAUACGCACUUGUCGACGGUAUUCUUCUGUUUUACGUGCCGCUUACUACUAUGAGUGUCAUGUACAUUCGAAUUGUACUUAUUGCCAGAGAGCAAGCUAAGAAAAUAAAAAAGACAUCGGUAUGGGACGCUCAAUGUAGAAGAUCUGUAGAUGAACAUAAGGCAACUAAAAUUAUCGCGAUCGUCAUGGGCUGCUUUAUUGUCUGUUGGGUUCCAUAUUUCACUGUCUUCACGUUUUGUCCUAUCUUUGAAUGUAAACCAUUAAGUCCUGAUGCCUAUGCCGUGAUUCUCUGGCUAGGUUAUUUAAACAGUGCGGUUAAUCCAUGCCUUUAUGCGGCUCUUAAUCGGGAAUUCAGACAAGCAUUCAAAAUCUUACUUCAUCUCAACCGGUGCCCGUCUCGUAAAAAACGCCGUCUUAAGAAGAACCGUGCUUCGACUAGAGGCAUGUUGCCGAUGCGUACUAGCUCAAAUAUGAACUCUGGUAACGGCACCGCUAAAGAAUAUACUGUCGUGAACGGAUCGAAAGUAUGA